UUUUGCCGGGAAAACCAAAAAGAGCGCCAGAUGCCCUAAUUCCUUCUUCAAAUACCCAUUUCUUACAUCUUUCUAACAUUCAUCGCGCCAAAUUUUCCCAUUCCCUUUCCCAUUCCCAAUCCCAAUCCCAUUCCAUUCCCCCCAAUUAUGAUCCACAAGCGGAGAACUCUUGCUCCCAAACCCUCUUCCCCCCAUCAUUUUCUACCAGAUCACGACGACUACGACGACAUUUUUUGUCAGAAAUGCGGCUCCGGUGACUCUCCGGCCGACCUUCUUCUCUGCGACAAAUGUGAUCGAGGCUAUCAUCUCUUUUGUCUUACCCCCAUUCUCCCUUCCGUCCCCAAGGGAUCCUGGUUCUGCUCCACUUGCUCCAAUCACAAGAAACUCAAAUCUUUCCCUCUUGUGCAAACUAAAAUUGUUGACUUUUUCCGCAUCCAAAGACCUGCGGACUCUAAAAAAGACUCAAGCCUAGAAAACCGAAAGAAACGAAGACGGGCUGGUAGCUUAGUACUUAGUAAAAAGAGAAGGAAGCUCUUACCUUUUAAUCCGACAGCAGAUCCUGCGAGGCGCUUGGAACAAAUGGCAUCACUGGCAACAGCAUUGACAGCUACUGGUACAGAUUUCAGCAACGAGCUCACAUAUAUGCGUGGGAUGGCACCAAGGUCCGCGAACUGUGCAUCUCUCGAGCACGGAGGAAUGCAGGUUCUUCCCAAAGAGGACGUUGAAACCUUAAACUUGUGCAGAAGUAUGAUGGAGAGAGGGGAAUGGCCCCCCCUUAUGGUUGUUUUUGAUCCUCGAGAAGGGUUCACUGUGGAAGCAGAUAGGUUUAUAAAGGACUUGACCAUAAUUACAGAAUAUACUGGGGAUGUUGAUUACUUGAAGAACCGUGAACAUGAUGAUGGGGAUAGUAUGAUGACUUUAUUGUCUGCUACCAACCCCUCUAAAAGCCUUGUCAUCUGUCCUGACAAACGUAGUAACAUUGCCCGUUUUAUAAAUGGAAUCAACAACCAUACACCGGAUGGCAGGAAAAAGCAAAACCUUAAGUGCGUAAGGUUCAAUGUAAAUGGUGAAUGUAGAGUUCUACUUAUUGCAAACAGAGAUAUAUCUAAGGGAGAGAGGCUGUAUUAUGACUACAAUGGAUAUGAGCAUGAAUACCCCACUGAACAUUUCGUGUAACCUUUUUACUUUGUAAAGCCUACACAAUGUCUAGAAAUUAUAGACUGAGCUGAUCGAUUAAUGCCUAAUUAAUAGUUUGGUUAGUUCUGUAAGCUCAGAAUUCCACAAGCAUGUGCCCAUUUGAGGAAAUAAGAAAGGAGGACAAAAUUUGAAUUGCCUCCCAUACUAACGGUUCAUAAUUCGAGAACUCAUUUGUUAGUGCGAAUGUAAUUGUCCUAAUAUGUUAAUUAUUUCCUUUUUGAUUCAAAA